ACUGAUAGGCCGAUAUCUCACCAACCUAUAUGUUGGCCUACCAUUUUAGAGCUUGAAUCUCUACUGUCACCUCUCCCCUUUCCCUCCUCUACUUUGACCGAGAGCUACAUAUCUAGAUAACAUACAACAACAUAAACACCGGCCUGCCAAUAUAUAUCGAAAGCUUAUCUCCGAACUCUAAAUCACGCACAGCAUGGCGACUGCUUUCCCGUUCUCGAUGAAUCCAGACGACUACAAGACCCUCCCAAUCCCUCCACGCCCACAAACUCAAGGUCUGACUUCGACCACGUUCAAGAUCCCACCUCUUGACGGAUCUUUGAGCCUUCCCGAGAUAUAUGAUUGGCACGCGGAGAACUCCCCUAAUCAUCCGUUAUUCGAAUUCGCUGAGGAUGACGGUACUGUCAGGACGAUUACGUGGAAGGAGGGUGUAAAGGGUGUUCAUCGAGCAGGGCGGUAUGUGAGGAAUAAGCUGACUGAAUUCGGGGAAACGGAAGCAAGACCGGUUGUGGCCAUUUUGGCUGCGUCAGAUUUCAUAACGUACUAUGCUGUUUUGGUCGGCAUCAUGCGAGCGGGAUAUGUCGCGUUCUUCAUCUCACCACGCAACUCCGUUAGUGCAGUUGCGCAUUUACUCACAAAGACGAACAGUACACAUGUAUUCGUUGGACCCGAGGAGAAUCUGCAAACUCUGGCGCAAUCUUCCAUAAAACUCAUGCAAAGUCAGAGUGCAAAUGUGGGGGAAGGGUGGACAGCGCCCAAGACAUGGACGAUGCCGAUCUUUGAGGAUCUCUUUCCCGGUUUCGCAGCUACAAAUGCGAAUACGAGGGGCGAGGAGGAGACUUUUGAAUAUUUGCCGAAAGUCAAGUUCAGUCUUGAUGACUUGGCCAUCGUCACACACUCCUCCGGAUCGACUGCAUACCCGAAACCCAUCCGCUUUACUCAUUAUCGAUAUCUAAUCAUGUGUAAUGCACCUUUCUUCGGAGAAUUAGACAAGACCGGUCUGCGUAUGAGUUCUCACUCGAUACCGAUGUUUCAUGGGAUGGGCAUGAUCCAUACCGCGUGGACUGCUGCGUGCGGAGUCGUCGUGACAGCCCUCCGACCCCGCGCUCCCGCAAUUCCGAUUACUGCAGAGAAUGUACUGAAAGGUGCUGCGGAUACGAAGAGCGAUAUAAUAUUUUGUGUACCUACAUUCAUCGAGGACUGGGCUCGCGAUCCCAAUGCUGUGAAACAGUUGCAGAAGACAAAAGGCAUUUUAUUCGGAGGUGGCCCACUGUCCAAAGCAGUUGGUGAUGAACUGACAGAUCAAGGCAUCAAUAUAUUCAACACGUAUGGAAUAGGCGAAUGCGGUGGUGUCAUGAGCCCGCUAUACCCUGAGCGACUUGACAAAGAGUGGGAGUAUUUCAGGUUCACGCCCAACAUCACGCCAUUCUUCAUUCAAGACGAGAGUGGUUACUCCGAAGCAUUUAUCCUGCCGAACAAGUACCAUGUUCCCAAUAUACUCAAUGCAACUGUUGAAGUCAAUGGCGAGAAACGAGCUGCAUACGCAACGAGCGAUUAUCUAGCACCCCAUCCGACCAAGCCUGGGUACUGGAAGAUUAUCGAUAGGGUGGACAACCAAAUCAUCCACAACACAGGGGAGAAGACCAAUCCCGGACCGCUUGAGAGCAUACUACACCAUGACCCGCACAUUGAAUCUGCGGUGAUGUUUGGACGGGGAAGGUUCAACGUUGGUGUGCUCAUCGACCCCAGACCUGCACAUCAGUUCAAUCCAAGUAACCUACAGAAGUUAGCUGAGUUUAGGGAUAAGAUCUGGCCAUCAGUCGAAAAGGCGAACGAGUAUGCGCCUCAGCAUUCGCGGAUAUUCAAAGAGAUGAUCCUUGUAGCCUCCCCCUCUAAACCCUUCGACUACACCGCCAAGUUUACUGCACGUCGGCAAGCUAUGGUCGCGCUAUAUAAACCUGAAAUUGAAGCGCUGUAUGCAACAGUGGAUGAAACUACUCACGCAGAACUUCAAAUACCAUCCCAUUGGGACCUUCAUAACACCACAAUCUUCGUGCGAAACGUCAUUACUAAGGUCAUAAGGGGCAAUUUGGGGGAUGAGGAUGAUUUCUUUCAGAAGGGGUGUGACAGUUUACAGGCUACUUGGAUUCGAAAUUCGAUCCUGCAUGGGCUACGCAAUUCCCGCGCCGACGUAAAUGUCAGACAAAUUCCAACGAGCUUCAUUUAUCGCUAUCCAACCAUCUCUAAACUGUCGUCUUAUGUCUCCUCCCUGCUACCUUCUGCAGGUGGCUUUGCGGCUAAUGAACACAGUAAAGCACAUGAUCCAGUUCCAGCUAUGCUCAACAUGGUCGCUAAGUACGGCUCGGACUUCCCUGUCCACCGACCAUCGACUAUCCCUAAUUCCAUGAAGACGAUGUUGGAUACUGUCCUGGUAACGGGCACGACGGGUGGACUUGGCGCUUCCUUGUUAUCUGCUUUAGUCCAGUCUGGGGAUGUCGAGAAGGUGUAUGCAUUGAAUCGCAGACGAGAGGGCACGGGCUCUUUGAAGCAAAGACAAAGGUUGGUACUGCAGGACAGGGGACUCAACUCAAGUCUUGUCGAUUCUCCCAAAAUUGAGUUUCUUGAAGCGGAUUUGGCAGAACCUCGGCUGGGACUUCCACAGGAGCUAUUUGAACAGAUCGUAUCAAGUGUCACUCACAUCAUCCACAAUGCCUAUCAGGUUGACUGGAAGCCUACACUAGAAUCCUUCGAACCCCACGUCCAUGUAUUUCGCAACCUAAUCGACGUAUCACUAUCUUCGCCUCGAUCCCGACCUCCGACAAUCCUGCUCACCAGUUCAAUUGCAGUUCUACGCCACCAUCCAGAGGCGAAGACCCGCGCUCUUACAGAAACUCUGGUUCCACCCGAAAGUGCUGCUGGUAGUGGAUACAGUGAAGCGAAAUGGGUUUGCGAGAAAUUGGCAUCAUUGGCUGCGGAGAAGACGACGCUUAGGCCCGUCAUCGUUCGCAUUGGGCAGAUUGCAGGUUCGGCCUCGGGCGCUUGGAAACCCACUGAAUGGGUCCCCAGCAUGAUUCGCUCUAGUGUUUACGUAGGCGCUCUUCCUACGGAGGACAAGGUAAUCUCCUGGAUGCGUGUUGAGGAUGCUGCACAGGCGAUCAUUGAAAUGCGUAACGCCUCAGCAGUGGACCCGACCCCGUAUAUUGUCCACUUAGCCCACCCUCGCCCUGUCCCAAGCGGCGUCAUCACAACCACUCUUUCCGAGUCACUCGGUAUUCCUUCGAUCCCAUUUCAUCAAUGGGUGACUCUCCUGGAGCAGAGUUCACCUUCAGAUGAUAACCCGGCCUUGAAGAUCCUUGACUACUUCAGGGACGGAAGAGAAGGCAACAAGACCGAGGCCUUUGGAGUCGUUCAGAUGGAUAUGUCAAAUACUUUGAAAAGCUCUAGGUCGUGGCGUUCGUCAGUGCGGGAACUGGAUGAGAAGGAUGUGCAGGAUUGGCUUGCUUACUGGCGCAGAAUUGGAUUCUUAUAAGUUACUGGUGAUGUCGCCGAUUUAACGUCGUGUUUAGAACAAGGGUAGGGCUAAUAUCUCUGGAGAAGUAAUUGGCGCUCAAUGCGAUAGAGGUAGAAGAAUUUCAUGAC